GUUGGAGGCUUGUCUCAUUUUUCAGUAUGGAGGUUCUGAAUGAGUCACCCCAAGAUGUGCCUCUGUGGUAUGCAGAUUGUUUUAAGCUAAAGGCAACUUUAGCUUCUGGCUCAAGAGAAACUUCUGCCCCUACGGUUCUAUCCAAGCAGCUAUGGUUUGGCCUUAAAGACGGUCCGGUGGAGGGAGAAAGACAGAGUAAGCCCCAGUCUCCAAAGAGAAUUACUUCCUUUCCUAUCAACAGUGGCUCCAAAGAAAAUGGAAUCCAUGAGGAACAAGACCAAGAGCCACAGGAUCUCUUUGCAGAUGCCACAGUGGAGCUUUCACUGGACAGCACACAGAAUAAUCAGAAGAAGGUACCAGCCAAAACACUCAUAUCUCUCCCUUCACAGGAAGCCACAGAUUCUCCUAAGCCCCAGCAAAGCUACGAGGAGCUAGAGGAGGAAGAACAGGAAGACCAAUUUGAUUUGACAGUCGGUAUAACUGAUCCUGAGAAGAUAGGGGACGGUAUGAAUGCCUAUGUAGCCUAUAAAGUUACAACACAGACGAGCUUACCAAUGUUCAGAAGUAAACAGUUUGCAGUGAAAAGAAGAUUUAGUGACUUUCUGGGUCUUUACGAGAAGCUUUCAGAGAAACACUCUCAGAAUGGCUUCAUUGUCCCUCCUCCACCUGAGAAGAGCCUAAUAGGAAUGACGAAAGUAAAAGUUGGGAAAGAAGAUUCCUCUUCUGCAGAAUUUCUUGAAAAACGGAGGGCUGCUUUAGAAAGGUACCUUCAGAGGAUUGUGAACCAUCCUACCAUGUUACAGGACCCUGAUGUCAGGGAGUUCUUGGAAAAAGAAGAGCUGCCACGUGCUGUGGGUACCCAGGCAUUGAGUGGUGCUGGUCUCCUCAAGAUGUUCAACAAAGCCACAGAUGCCGUCAGCAAAAUGACCAUCAAGAUGAAUGAAUCAGACAUUUGGUUUGAGGAGAAGCUCCAGGAGGUAGAGUGUGAGGAGCAGCGCUUACGGAAACUGCAUGCUGUCGUAGAAACUCUAGUCAACCAUAGGAAAGAGCUAGCGCUGAACACAGCCCAGUUUGCAAAGAGUCUAGCCAUGCUUGGGAGCUCAGAGGACAACACGGCAUUGUCACGGGCACUCUCCCAACUGGCUGAGGUGGAAGAAAAAAUCGAGCAGCUCCACCAGGAACAAGCCAACAAUGACUUCUUCCUCCUUGCCGAGCUCCUGAGUGACUACAUUCGUCUCCUGGCCAUAGUCCGAGCUGCCUUCGACCAGCGCAUGAAGACAUGGCAGCGCUGGCAGGAUGCUCAGGCCACACUGCAGAAGAAGCGGGAGGCUGAGGCUCGGCUGCUGUGGGCCAAUAAGCCUGACAAGCUGCAGCAGGCCAAGGACGAAAUCGUGGAGUGGGAGUCUCGGGUGACUCAGUAUGAAAGGGACUUUGAAAGGAUUUCAACAGUGGUCCGAAAAGAAGUGAUACGUUUUGAGAAAGAGAAAUCCAAGGACUUCAGAAACCACGUGAUCAAGUACCUUGAGACACUGCUGUACUCACAGCAGCAGCUGGCAAAGUACUGGGAAGCCUUCCUUCCUGAGGCAAAGGCCAUCUCCUAAUGGACCAAGGACACCAGAGCCCACCUGCCUGACGCUGCCUUUUUAUACACUAUCCUCCUCCACCUCUGCUGGACCCCAGUGAUGCAUCCUGCCUAACCGGGACUUCACCCUGCCUCCCGCCCCCAGCCAAGCUGUCCGUCAUUCUAACUGUUCCUUUAGCUUCCAUAUAUAUUUUCUUACCUGAGAGAAUAGUUUCUUGCUUUAAGCAAAAGACCUAUAAUAGGUGGUGGAAUUAUGGGAUAGGUGUGGAGUAGUGAUAUAAAUAUAUAAAUACAAAUGUAUAUUUUUCAGGAUGUGGUUAGGAACUGGGAAUAACGUUUUCUGUUACUCCUGAUGGUGCCAUGAAAAGAUUAUGUAAUAAAAUAUUUUAAAAUUGGGUCAUGUGACUCAGAAUGGUGGUGCUUUUUCCUUUAGGCUGGGGUGCAGUUGGGAAGCAGGUCUGGAAUACUCCCCGGUGCUGCCCAGGUAGAGUAAGUUUCUCUCCUUAAGAGAUCGCAGCCUUUUGCUGCUGCUUCUGCCCUGUGGCACCGGAGCUUCCUUUUCUCCACCCACCAUAGCAACAGGUUGGCAGGGUCUCCUGAUCUGUUUAUUCCUUCUUCCUACUUCUUUAGAGAAGGAGUUUUAAAGAUGUCUCUUAUAAUAAGAGGGGCAAAACCCAUUUUCCUGCAAAGGAGGCAGACCUCUUUUAUGCCUACCCUGUUUCCCUAAGCUGCCCAGAGUGCUCUGAGUCCUGCCUUCUGAUAGCAAAGUCUUGGGUCCUGAGCUUCUUUUUGCCACCCAUCAAAACUCGUCCUGAAAAGUGUCAAGGACUGAUAAGGAGUUAACUCUCUAUCUCCAUAGACAAGAGCCAGGCACUCUGCUUCAUGAUAAGGUUAUUCAAGAGUUCCUAAACCUUUCGAGGUUCCAAGAAGCGUUACUGUCUGUGCCCGAGAGGGAGCAUGCCAUUGAGAGGUCCCUGUGUUGUCUGCAUGAGCUGAGGGCCUUGAAAGGGGCCUCUGUGCUGGCCCGGCCAGGGACCUGCUCGAACAUGCGCUGUUGCUGGGCUUCCCCUCUGCUGUGUCCACAGCUGCUUAAGCUCUCUGGUCAGAGGGACUGCCAAGCUGCUCUGUGGGCAGAGCUGGCAGACUGCCUACCAUGUGGACCUUGCCACUCGUAGCCCCACUGACUGAGGCACUCCACACCUGCUCUGCCAGGUGUUUGGGGAGGGGCAGCCUGAGACAAGAGAUGC